UCUGUUUGUCUGUUUUCUGACAGUUUGCUUUCUCCACUGCUGUGCUGAACAGAUAAAACUCCUCUUCAUGUUCGGCUUGCUACCCAAAGCCUGAACGUUUUGCUGGAACUGGUCAUUCCUGCUGCGCUUGCUAACAGCCUGGUUCCAGAAAAAACGCCCCAAAGCAUGAUGCUUCCCCCACCGCCUUACCUCCAGUGUUCUUUAGCAGAACAAACCUUAGUAAAGUCGUCCAUUACACAAGCUUUGGGAAACUUUAGAUAUUUUUUUUUUUUUACAAACCUUGGAUGUUUUAAUUAGUAAUAAAUUAAUUCCAUCUCACCUCUUUUAAUGACGUUCUUUGACUUUUCAUCACUUUUUCACCAUAUUCUCAUCUCUACACUGUUAGAAAUUAUUUUGUGCUCUUCUCCUGACUUAUACUUUUAGACAUAUUUUGCAAGAUCUCUUGACAUUCAGAGUGAGAUGACACUGAGAAAAGCAGUUUCUGCACUUAAUCAGAAGGCAGGUGAAUAUGAACACUAUGCAGCCACAUUAUUUUACUUCAUUCCCCCCAUUUUUUUUGUUGUAAUUCUCCAGGAAACCACAAGGUGGCGAAGUUACAUCUUGGCAGGCUUCAGUUGUGCCACAAUUCAUCUCAUUUUAUGAGACCAUAUAAUCUGCUGGCUGCAUCUCUGAAAUAUGAAAGUGACAGAGAGGAUUUCUGCUUGAGCUACGGGACGUAAAUGUUGUUUUCCAACUUAUUCAGAAUAUUUCCCGGCAGACCUGCGACCUCCUGCAAGGUUCUGGCAAAUUGGCUUGCAGGAGGAAAUUCAUCCUGGUCUCCUUCAAGCAGCAGCAGACCUGCUGGAGAGCGGCAAAGGAACGACUCUGACGCUUCUGUUUGGGGGUGAUGCUGCGGUAGUUUGGGGAUAAUGAGCGAGCUGCAUCCGGUGUCGUCCUGGUCCGUGGAAGAGGUGCUGGAGUGGAUUCAGGAGCAGCAUCCAGGACUCAUGGAGAUUCUCUACAAAGGCAUCAUCAAACACGACAUAUCAGGCCGAGCUCUACUGAGACUAAGGGAACAUCACCUGCAGCUUCUCGGGGUGGAGGACGACGAGCAGCAGCAGGAAAUACUGCAGGACCUUCUGCUUCUCAGAGUUCAGGAAGAAAUCAAUGAACUCAAUGACAUCUGCUCUGACGGCGAAACGACAGAAAGAUACCAGCUGGGUUUUUUAUUUCCCGUCUAUCCAUUCAUCUGUGCGAAGGAGAUUGAAAGGUGGCAGUGAUGGAAAUAACAAGAGAAGGUGAACAGAGAGGAGGAUCGAUGGGGAGAGAGAGAUGGGGAGAGAGAGAGAAACCCAUUUCCUGUGUGAAAUUUGACCCUCGCAGAUGGAUGAGAUUAGUUUUUGUCUGGUUGUCUUUUUUUUUUUUUAUCCCUAUUGUCCAUUUGUCUCCGUCCUUUUCCUCCGUCUGUAUUCUGUUUAACCAUACCAGUAUCAAAUAUCCUGCAAAUCUGUAUUAAAUAACACUCCCAGCAUCCAGAAAGCCCUUGUGGCUGAUGCUAAGAACUGCAAAAAUAAAAAUAAAAAUUCUGUUUCCAGGUCUAGAAAAGUAUUUUGUUUGCUGAUUUUCUUUUUGUAAGUACAUGUAUAAAGUAUUUAUACAGUAUGAACAGUUCAAUAUUUUGUCAUAAUAAAACUCUUUCAUUUAGGUUCAAAUCUAAAACUUGCUAAAUUUGUUUCACUUAAAGAGCAGAAGACACAACUAAAUGUUUUACAGUGCACCACUUCCUGUCGUCGUCUUCGUCUGUUUUACCAGUAAUAACACACAGUAACGCUGCAUUUUUGCAAAAUGAACUAAUUUCCAUACAGUAAAAAAAAAACUUCUCAUCCAAACACAAAAACUUUGAGUUUUGUCAGAAUUGUUGUUUCGGUUUAUUUUUGCAGUUCCAGUUUGAACAUUUAUAUGUUGAAUGGAGUCGCAGCUCAUUGAGCCGUUUUCCAUCCAUUCAUUGUUUUAUUCUAACAUUUUUAUUCUAAAAACAUUAAUUUGGACUCAAGGUUUGAUGGAAAAGUAGGUCACAACAUUUUCUUUGUUUUUGUAAUUUUCAGUUUGAAAUUUUUCAUCUUGGAAACAUUUAUUGUAACGUUAAAGACUAAAAAUCUGAAAAUGUAAUAAAGAAUUUAUUUC